AUCUCUUUUACCACCUUCUUUUUAUUUAGUGACAGGGAGAAGGCUUGUGGAAGAAGCUUACAAGGUGAAGGUGGGGGAAGACCGUGCCGCUGCGGUGUCUACCAUUACGUUACAAGGCAAACAACGGGUGUCAUUUGGUCCACUCCGCAUCAUUGCUAUCCCACCCCUCUCUCUCUCUCUCUCUCUCUUCACCACUGCGUCGCAGCUCGAAACCCUAAUCCUGAGGGCUUCGGAGUCGAUCCACUGCGCGUCGCGGCCGUCACGUGCGGGGGAAUGCGGACUGCUUUCCGUCUGUUUCUCCUCUGAUUUCAUGCUUGAACCGGAGGUGUUGGCAGGGAAGGGGGCGCCCAAGUGCCUGAUCUGAUGCCCCGGGUUCGCCUGGUGGGAAGCGGCGCGCGAUGUCGUCGGCUCCGGCGGCCGCACCGAUGUUUGAGCGCCAUCGAGCUGUAGCACCCAACACCGUGUUCAAAAGUGGACCACUUUUUAUUUCAUCUAAAGGAAUAGGUUGGAAGUCAUGGAAGAGGCGUUGGUUUAUUCUCACAAGGACAUCGUUGGUUUUUUUCAAGAAUGAUCCUCGUGCAUUACCCCAAAGAGGUGGUGAAGUAAAUCUUACUUUGGGUGGUAUUGACCUAAACAAUUCGGGGAGUGUGGUCGUUAGAGAAGAUAAGAAGCUACUAACGGUUUUGUUUCCUGAUGGACGUGAUGGUCGGGCAUUUACCCUUAAGGCGGAAUCAUUGGAGGAUUUAUUUGAAUGGAAAACAGCUCUUGAGCAUGCACUUGCACAAGCUCCAAAUGCUGCUCUUGUGAUGGGACACAAUGGGAUCUUUCGUAAUGACAAUGCCGAUACUUUUGAAGGAUCAUUCGAAUAUUGGAGAGACAAGCGUCCUAUCAAGUCUUUGGUUGUUGGUAGGCCAAUUUUGCUUGCACUUGAAGAUAUUGAUGGGGGCCCAUCCUUUUUAGAGAAAGCUUUACGGUUUCUUGAGAAGCAUGGUAUUAAGGUCGAGGGGAUCUUGCGGCAAGCAGCUGAUGUUGAGGAAGUUGAUCGAAGAAUCCAAGAAUAUGAGCAAGGAAAGACUGAAUUUGCAGCUGACGAGGAUGCCCAUGUUGUUGGUGAUUGCGUGAAGUAUGUUCUUCGGGAGCUACCGUCAUCUCCAGUUCCUGCAUCCUGCUGUACUGCCUUGCUGGAAGCUUAUAGGCUGGAACAUAAGGAGGCUCGUAUAAAUGCUAUGCGUUCUGCAAUAUCCGAGACAUUUCCUGAACCAAAUCGGAGGUUAUUGCAGAGGAUUUUGAAAAUGAUGCAUGUUAUUGCCUCUCAUACUGCUGAGAAUCGGAUGACUCCAUCUGCUGUUGCUGCUUGCAUGGCACCUCUUUUACUGAGACCACUUUUGGCUGGGGAAUGUGAGCUGGAUGAUGACUUUGAUAUGAAUGGUGACAAUUCUGCUCAGCUUCUGGCAGCGGCAAAUGCAGCUAAUAAUGCUCAGGCUAUUAUCACAACUCUCUUGGAGGAGUAUGAAAGUGCAUUUGAUGAUUGUAAUUUACGGAGAUGCUCUCUCUCAUCCAACUCUCAGAUUGGAGACACUGGCAGUGAAGAGUCCAUAGAUGAUGUCAAUACAGAUGUUAAAGAUAAUGGAUAUCAUGAUGCAGAAAAUGAUGCAGAACCUGACAUGGAGGAUGAUGAUAAUGAUGAACGUGUGCUUAGUGGAAAACUGAGCGAAAGCAGUGGAUAUGCUGGCAGUGACCUUUAUGAGUGCAAGCAGGUUUUUGCUGGUGAUGAUUCAGAGCCUGAUUCUCCAAAAGAUAAUCAAUCUUCAUCAACUAAGACAGAAUUGGUUAUGGAUUCGAAAGCUCAUCAUAAUGAGCAAUCUUUGACAAGCAAUAAUACUGAGAAGUCAGUGGCUGAGAAGGAUGCCUCUGAUGUCUUACCUACGCAAGAAUCUUCCAUGUCAAUGGGAGAAAUCUUAUCUUCCCUACAUCCAGGAAAUUCUUUACCAGCUCAUGUAGCUGAAUAUAGUGUAGAUAGAUACUCUAGUAAAGUGAAUGGAUCGCACACACAUAUGAAGCGCACUAAUUUUUGGGGCCGCAACAAUGCCAGAAAGAAUCAGCCACUCGAACAAGUUGAUUCUUCUGGAGAAGAAGAGCUUGCUAUUCAAAGGCUUGAGCUCACAAAGAAUGACCUUCAAAUAAGAAUAGCUAAAGAGGCAAAAGGCAAUGCCAUUCUACAAGCAAGUUUGGAAAGAAGAAAGCAGGCUUUGCACGAGCGUCGAUUAGCUCUAGAGCAAGAUGUUUCAAGACUACAAGAGCAGUUACAGGCUGAGAGAGACCUUAGAGCUGCUUUGGAGGUUGGUUUGAGCAUGUCUUCUGGACAGUUCUCCAGUUCACGUACUAUGGAUUCUAAGACAAGGACAGAACUUGAGGAGAUCGCUCUUGCUGAAGCAGAUGUUGCCAGAUUGAAGCAGAAGGUUGCAGAGCUCCAUCUCCAACUUAAUCAGCAACGCCAAAAUCAGUAUGGAUCGAUCCCUCAUGCUUGUGACCGAUAUCAGCACCUUCCAGCACCUCUCCUACAGCAGAAGAUUGUCCAACAAGAUUUUGAUAUGAGCCUUGCUUUUUGCAACCAUGAGAAGAAACAAAGAAGUGAGGAGAGCUCAUCAGCAACAGAAUGGAGGAGCAUCAAGCCUCAAAUGCCACCUUAUCCUGGUUCCAAACAGCUUUCUAGGAAAAAUGCUGCAGAUAAAGCAAGUCUGAAUGAUUUAAGAGGUAUGGAGAUGGAGGCAUCGACCAGCAUGCCAUCAGAGGCCAAUCCCAGCAUGGUUAGCAACAGCAUGCCCAAGGCCACCGAGGGUGCUGAACAUCUAAGGCAGCCGCUAGUGGCAUCUUCGACUCUGGUGGAACUGACGACCCGUCUUGAUUUCUUCAAAGAGCGGAGAUCGCAACUCAUGCAGCAGCUCCAUAGCCUUGAUCUGAGCCAUGGGGCAUCCUCACAAGGUCUGGCGUACAAAUCCUCCCCUCCUUGGAACAACAGUCCCAGAUAAGGCAUUGUGGCCACACCCACUUGUAUAUCCUUGAUUUGUGCAAUCUGCCAUGCAUAAUAGUCCUCUUUGCAUCUGAAACCUGUUCUGGGUAAGGUUUGCUGCAUUUGUGGUGAUUGCUGCAGGAAUGUAAAUUUUGGUAUCCUUGUUUCCUUAUUCUCAUCACGUGUGAUGGAGAGAGAGAGAGAGAGAGAGUUGUAUCUUCCUUAGUACAGUCCAUUCCUUGGUUCUGGUUGCUAUUUGUUUAGCAGUUAGUCUUGAAUACAAUACCAAUGUACUUGAUAGCUUGUGGAACUUGACUUCAUGUCUCUUUGUGGUGCUGUAACUUAAAGGGGCUUUACAUC